ACCGCAGCUCCCGUAAGAUAAGAGUGACAUAAAGGAUCCGAAUGAGUGUGUAAUAGGAUCCGGACGAGAUCCGACGCUCUACACUUCUUACUUGAUUCGAUCCAAAAUUCAUUCCACUUGGACUGUUGAGACUUGAGUGAAGAAGAAAACCCCUCUGUUAGAAAAUCCCCGAUUGAAUUUUCCCGGUAACCAAACAGCACACAAGAGGUGAGAGAUGCUUGGGGAUUGGAUUUGAUAUGAGUUUAGUAUCAUAAAAGAAGGGUCCUGAGUAGUGAAUAGCUGAGGGGCAAGGAGCUUUGCAGCUUUACCAUCAUAUUCACAAGGAAUGUGGACGAAUGUUUUCAAAAUCGGUGGUUUUCAUCAAGUAUCAUGGUUUCAGUUUCUUCCCCAUGAGUCUGAGUUGAUCCCACUACCAGAUAAAAGUGCGAAAGAUGCUGCCACACGGCUGGUACUUUCAUCACAUGUACAGUUGCAGAAGGAUGGAUUUCUCAGCACAUGGACCAAUUCCUUUGUUGGGCCUUGGGAUCCAUCUCAAGGUGUGCACAAUCCAGAUGAGAAAAUUAAACUCUGGCUUUUUCUUCCUGGGCGGCAUUCAACUGUUGCUGACUCUGCUCAAGCUGCAGUCUCUAAAUUAAGAGUUGUUGCAUCUGGACUUUGGAUGUCCCCUGGGGACUCAGAAGAGGUUGCAGCCGCCCUUUCUCAGGCUUUAAGGAAUCGUAUAGAAAGAGCACUAUCUGGACUUGCCUACAUGAGAUUUGGAGAUGUAUUUUCAAAGUUCCACCCAUCAGAAAGUGAAGAGCUUCUCAGGAAAGGGCAGCCUACAGUUGAAUUUAUCUUUGCUGCCACUGACGAGGGAAUCUUUGUGCAUGCUUUAGUAUCUGCAAAGCAUGUCCGAGCACUUUCCAAUGGAGAUCUAGAGAGAAGACUAAAGCAUUCUUCCAAAAAUAGUGGUUGUGGGCUUCCAGUGAUUGUUUCUCCUCAUGGAAUGUGUGGUAGGCUAACUGGAUGCUGUCCAAGUGAUCUUGUCAAACAAGUGUAUUUUAGUUCUAGCAAGUUUAAGACUGGAAACGGUUUUAUUGGUUUGGCAAACCAUGCCUCACAAGGUUCUGGUUGCCAACUAAGGGGUCAAAAUUGCUAUGUUGAAGUUACCCUUGGUUGUCCUAGACCUGGAAGUGACAGGUCCUUGCAAGCAAACUCAAACUCCUUAAGAAAUACAGGAAAGCAUAACCUUUCUGAAUCUCCUGCUUUGGGAAGAGGUGAUCAGAAGUUGGCAUUGGAUAAUUCAUCUGUUUAUGAAAAAACAUUUGUAUAUCCGGCUGAGGCAGUGCUUGUCCCGGCCCUGCAAGUGGCCAGAUCAUCUCUGAAGAGAUUAUGGCUACAAAAUUGGAUUGGACCCUCCAUGGCUGGCUCAUCUUUCUUUAUGCUUUGUUCUGAAAACAUAGAACCUGUGGAGGACUGGAAUGAAACCGAUGGGAUUCGCACUCAACGUUGGUAUAAUAGUAGCAGCAACAGUAAUAGUAGCAGCAUUAGUAGCAUAAGCAGCAGCUCCAGCGAUAGUGAUUACACGAUGGCUACAGGAGCCAGCGAACUAGAGGCAGAUGCCGAUUCUUUAACCUGUAGACAGUCUGGGUUAUCUUUUAAUGAUCGGUUGGGAAAUGAUAUCUCCAAAUCGGGUUUUAAGCGUCCGCGAGCUGGAAUGGCAGAUUCAUUUGCUGAAGUAGGUACAGCUACAAGUGCUUCUCUGCAGGAUGCAUACAACUCUGAUUUUAGUUCCAUGGAAGUUAGCAACUCAGCAAUCCCUGGACUUGCAAAUGAGCAGAUUGGAUCUCAUUGGGAUUGGGAUGUUGAUGACAGAGAUGGCACUGAUAUCCAUGCUUUGAUUAAUGAAUUUGGAGAUUUCGGUGACCUCUUUGAAGAUGAUGUUUUGCCUUUUGGGGAGCCCCCAGGAACUGCCGAAUCUCAGUCUCUCAUGUUUUCUGCACCAGACCCUGGCGAUGUAGUUGACAAUCCAGUUGGGAUGAUGGAUGUUUCUGAUCAGUUGCUUUUGUCUGACGGCUUUGCAUCCUUUGAAAGCUUUAUUCCACCCCCUCCAGCAGCCAUGGAAGAGCCGCUCAUUAAAAAUCAAGAAGUCAUCAAUAGUGUGAUGUCCUCAGCUCCAGUCAACUGCUCUUCAGCAUCUAAUAUAAGUGAAUUUGAUCAUAUAAUAAAAGCUGAGGCACUGAUGACAUUUGCUCCUGAAUAUGGAGCUGUUGAAACACCUACAAGUGAAGUUUCAUCGUCCGUUUUUAGAAGCCCAUACUUGCCAAAAUCUCGAAAAGCGGAGAGUUCAAAUUCAAACUCAAGCAUUUACACAUAUGGUCCAACACCACCUUCUUCUUGCUUUGAUGGAUCUGAUGAGAAGACUGGCAUGCCAAUAAAUUCAAAAUCAUGUCCUGGAAAGAAGGAUGCAAGCGAUAUUAUCCGGUCGAAGAAUUAUUACACUCAUGUGGAGAGUGGAAAAGAUCAACAAGAUGGAAGAUUGCUUACAGGUAGUAAUGGAAUUGUGCUCGCCCAUGAUGGUGCAGCAUCAUCUCCUUUCCCAAUUCUCAAUUCUACAAAUGCUGUUAAAGUGGCCCAGAGGAAAAUCACUGAAGGCAGAUUUGAGUCAGAAAAUCCCUUUCUGUCUAUGAGGACCAUUCUUGCGACUGAAGUUGAGUGCAUUCUAUUUCAAACUUCAAUGUGUAGAAUACGGCACACCCUAUUGUCUUCAAGCAGUCUCUCAUCUACUGGUUUCAGUAGUCUGCCAGGUGACCAAAGUGUCAUGCCAGAAAACAUGUCUGGAAAGUAUGAGGCUAAGAGGAAAGAAUCGAUACCCGUUAGAAUUGCUGGUGAUAUUGAUAGAGGAAUGACAGAUGGGCAUCCUAAUGCACCUGUGGGUGUCUGGCGCACUGUAGGAGCUCCUAGAGCCCCUAAACCCACAAGUUCAUCUAGUAAAGAAAUUAGCCCGUCUUUGCCUCAUUCUUCCUUCAAUGAAGAAAGUUUACUAUCCUAUGGGCAAAGACAACCACUUCAGGAACUUCUGGAUGGAUUUACAUUACUCGUACAGCAAGCUACAUCCUUUGUUGAUUUGGCCCUAGACUCAGAUUGUGGUGAUGGUCCUUAUGGUUGGCUGGCAUUACAAGAGCAAUGGAGGAAGGGAUUUUCUUGUGGGCCUUCUAUGGUCCAUGCAGGUUGUGGGGGCACACUGGCUUCUUGUCACUCCCUGGACAUUGCUGGUGUGGAGUUAGUUGAUCCACUCUCUGCAGAUGUUCAUGCUUCAUCUGUGAUUAGUUUGCUGCAGUCUGACAUAAAGACGGCACUAAAGUCUGCAUUUGGUAUUCUGGAUGGGCCAAUGUCAGUCACUGAUUGGUGUAGAGGUCGCAACCAAUCAGGUGAAAGCACGCUUGAUGGAUAUUCUGCUGAGUCCGCUAUAAGUGAAUGUAGAGAUGUUGCACCUUCUAUUGGAGAACCAUUGAGCCCGUCUCCAUCUAGUUCUGCUGGAUCAACUUACAUUAAAGUUUCCAGUGCAAUGGAUGGAGUAAAAGCGGAAGAGACAUCCCAAAGAAGAUCAAACCAAGACAACUGCACUUCUGAGUCUGACCUGCAGACAUGCUCCCGGCUAAGACCUACACUUUUUGUUAAUCCGUUGCCUGCUAUACUUGUUGGGUAUCAGGAUGACUGGCUUAAGACAUCAGCAAGCUCUCUGAAACAUUGGGAAAAGGCUCCGCUUGAGCCAUAUGCUCUACAAAAACCUAUUACUUAUUCUGUUGUAUGUCCAGACAUUGAUCCCCUUGCAUCUGCUGCUGCUGAUUUUUUCCAACAACUAGGAACUGUCUAUGAAACAUGCAAACUGGGAACUCAUUUACCCCAGAUUGUUGGGAACCAAAUGGAGGUGGACUCUGGGAGAAGGCCAUCUCCUGGGUUUGUCCUACUUGAUUGCCCUCAAGCAAUGAAGAUGGAAAGCAGGAAUGCAUCUUUUGUGAGCUCAAUAAGUGAUUAUUUUCUCUCUCUUUCGAAUGGAUGGGACCUGACAAGCUACCUUAAGUCUCUCUCAAAGGCACUCAGAGGUUUGAAACUUGGUCACUGCUUGUCCACAAACGCAAAAGAAGGAAGUAGUGGUCCUUCAACGGUGAUUUAUGUUGUGUGCCCCUUCCCUGAGCCUAUUGCAGUUUUACAGACUGUCAUUGAGUCUUCUGUUUCUAUCGGAUCGGUCAUUUUCCAAUCAGACAGAGAAAGGAGAUCUCUAUUGCACAGUCAGGUUUCCAAGGCAUUGAGCUAUUCGGCAACAGUGGAUGAGGCAUCAAUAUCAAAUAUUUUAGUACUUUCUGGUUUUAGUAUUCCUAAAUUGGUACUGCAGAUUGUGACAGUGGAUGCCAUUUUUAAAGUUACAAGCCCAUCACUGAAUGAGCUUGUAAUUCUCAAGGAGACUGCUUUUACUGUUUACAACAAGGCUCGCCGAAUAUCACGAGGAGCAUCUAGUGAUGCAGUGCAAUCAUCAUCACUGUCUAAUAGACCACAUGCUGUCCUCACACAAAUGUCGUCUCCUACUCCGGGGAUGUGGAAGGAUUGUGUUGGCUCUCGAAUUACUGGGCAUUCCCUUCCAAGAGAGGGUGAAAUUGAUGCUAGUUUGAGGACUGGUGGCUGGGAUAGUUCAUGGCAAACAACAAGAAGUGGAGCAGUAAGCUGUGAUCCCAACAGAAUUGGAGAUUUUUUUCCGCAAGAUGAGACUCGCUACAUGUUUGAGCCACUUUUUAUCCUUGCGGAACCUGGUUCUCUAGAGCGUGCAUUGUCACCCUUAGCUUUUGGUAAUUUGUCAUUAGAAUCUUCAAAGCCAUUGUCAGAUGACAGUAGUGGAGGCUUUCUGCAGAAUGCAAGUUUGGGUGGAAGUGCGGAUUCUGGAUCAGGCUCUCAAGAUGGAUCUGAGCUAGAUAAGACUCCAAGCCUGCAUUGUUGCUACGGAUGGACAGAGGACUGGCGUUGGCUAAUAUGUAUCUGGACAGAUUCAAGGGGAGAAUUACUUGAUAGCCACAUAUUCCCUUUUGGUGGAAUCAGCAGUAGACAGGACACAAAGGGGUUGGAAUGCCUUUUUGUGCAAGUUCUGCAGCAAGGCUGUCAGAUACUGCAGGCAUGCUCUUCUGAUACUGGUGUUGCCAAGCCAAGGGACUUUGUGAUUGCACGCAUUGGAAGUUUCUAUGAACUUGAAUACCAAGAGUGGCAGAAAGCAAUUAAUUCAGUUGGGGGUUCAGAAGUGAAAAAAUGGCACUUGCAACUGCGGCGAUCUGUGUCUGAUGGGAUGUCUGCUAGUAGUAAUGGGCCUUCCAUGCAACAGCAGGAAAUGAGUAUGAUUCAAGAAAGAACCCUACCUUCUUCACCUGGCCCUCUGUAUGGCAGCUCUCACUCAAAAAUGUCUGGAUAUAUGAAAGGUGGCUUAGGACAACCUUCUGUCAGAAAGCAGCUCAUGGGCACACAGUUAAUGGACAGCUCAAGGAGUUUGCUUCAGUGGGUGCAAAGUAUCAGCUUUGUUACAAUUGCAAUUGAUCACUCUUUGCAUCUUGUUUUUCAAGCAGAUACACAAUCUCCGGGUGCUCAAGGUGCUGUCGGUAUGGGCUCGUCAGCAUAUCUGGAAGGCUUCACACCUGUGAAGUCUCUUGGUUCCACACCUGCUUCUCACAUUCUGAUCCCAUCACCGAGCAUGCGAUUCCUCCCGCCAACACCUCUUCAGCUGCCCACGUGCCUCACUGCCGAAUCACCUCCACUAGCCCAUCUCCUUCAUAGUAAAGGCUCUGCUAUCCCCCUUUCUACUUGUUUUGUGGUUUCCAAAGCUGUACCUACUGUGAGGAGAGAUCGUAGGAGCAACUUGAAAGAAGAAUGGCCUUCAUCUCUUUUGGUCAGUCUUAUUGAUCAUUAUGGAGGUAAUAGCUUUAGCCAAGACAAACUCAUGAGGGGUAAUACCAAACAAGCUGGAAGGAGUCCAAGCUUGGAAGCUAGAGAAUUGGAGUUUGAGACUCAUGUCAUUCUGGAAUCCCUGGCAACCGAGCUUCAUGCGCUCUCAUGGAUGACUGCGAGUCCAGCGUACCUGGAGAGGCGAAGUGCACUGCCGUUUCAUUGCGAUAUGGUUUUGAGAUUGAGGAGGCUUUUGCAUUUUGCUGACAAGGAGCUCUCCAGGCAUCAAGAGAAGGCUUAGAGAAGGUAAAAUCAAGUGAUCACUUGGCCAUGUAUUGGUAAAUAUAUAUGUAUGUUUAGGUAUGAAAUCCCCAAGUGAACUGUCGAAGGCCGUGGCACAGUUUAGUACGAUUUUUGUAAGAUGGGGAAUCCUAGAUGUAAUUUUAGCCUGCUAAUUCAUAGCCAUCUUUUUCCAGAUGGAUGUAAACGAAAAUAGGCGGUUUGGGAAGAAAUAGUUAGAUCUGAUAGGUGUAGAUUAUCAUGAUGUAUAUCAACAGUUGGAAGGAUAGAUUAAUAUGAAGAUUAAGGUGGUUGGAAGGAGAUUAUCAAUGUGUUCCUCUUGUUCUGCAUGAAUAGUUUGUAAUAAAUGAAUCAAGGCGUGAUUACAGUUUCAAUUUGUUUAUUUUUAUUCCACAACACAGCAAACUUUGGAA